AGCAAACAUAAAUGUAUACAAUUGCGUGAAAUAAAAACCAUAACUAUAAAUAUUAUUUAAUAAAUUUUAUUUUUUUAUUUCCCUGGGGAGUCUGAGACUCUCUCAGAAAUUCACUAGUUUUUUAAUAUUGAGUACAAGUUUAAAUAAAAUUUGAAAAUAAAAAUAUAUUAGUGGAAAUAAUUUAAACAAAAUGAAUAAGUUAAAUACAUGCUUGCUUUUAUUGUCAAUAAUUGGCGCUUGUGUUUGUGGAGUAAGAACAAGUAAAUGUUCUGAUAAAUACAGAAUGUCGCUUCUUACAAAUGUUCAUGAUGAUACAGCUUGUAGCAUGUUGUCCAAUAAGGGCGUCAUGAUGGCUGAAGCAGCCGAGUUUUUUAUCGAAGCGCACAAUAAAAAAAGUGAUAGGAAAAUUAACUUGUCUGUCUUGGAUACCUGUGGAACAAUAACUGGUGCUACAAAAGCUAUGAUGAAAGCUCUUGAAUCUGAUGAUUUCAGUUGCAUUGAUCCACCAUUUUUCUUAGGAUUAAUUGGACCAGAAUCAACAGAAAAUAUUGAUGCAGUACACAAAAUAACAUCUGUCUUAAAUAUUCCUCACAUUGUGAGAAGCCAUGCAGUUGGCUCACCAUAUCUACAUUAUCUUCAUGAAGAGUCUGACUUGUAUUUAGUCGAGGGAAUUCUAGAAAUCAUAGAAGCGUUAAGAUGGAAAUCAUUCACACUAGCAACACGAAAGCACGAUGACAAUGAGGACGAUGUGCAAUUGAUUGCGAAAAAAGUAACUAUGGGUGCAAUAACUCGUGGUCUUUGUGUCAUGAUUCACGAGCAAGAUGACGAUGUUUUCACUUCUCACGUUGUUUAUAUUGGCAGACCUCCAAAAGAUACAUUUAAAAAUGUUAAUGCUACAAUUAUUAUUGUAAGUGAAGGAAAUUUAAAAAAUUACGUCGAUAAAAUGAAAACAAAUAAUCCAGUUAUUUUAUUGCAAGAUGCUAGGAGCGAUAUAAUAGGACUGGAAGCUCAAGUUAAAAAUUCAAAGUGGUCUAAUAGAGCAGGAAGUAGCUUUAACCCUGAACAUAUGAGAGAUUUACGAUGGUUGGAAAGUGCAAUGGAAAUUUACGCUAAAACUCUUGAUAUUUUCUGCAAGAAAACUCAGUGUACAAGUGAGAUCAAUCAUGCGGAAUGGAAUACCAUGGUUGGUAAUGUUAUAUCUACAAGAAAUGCUCAACUUGAAAUUUUAACUAGAACACUGGAUAUUUAUAUUAAAACCAAUACCAGAAAUUUUGAAAAAUUGGGUGAAAUAAAAGUAAAAAAGAAUGAUGCUAGAAUUUAUUGGGACGAUGAAGAAGAAGAAGAAGAUGAAGGCCUUCAUGGUGAUAAUCUCAUUCCUGAAAUAUUUAGAACUCUUUUAUUGGAUACGCAAGAAAAGACAACUGGAUGUGCUACAUCAGUCAAGUUCCAAGAUAAUGAUGAUGAUGAUGAUGUGUCGAAAGUUGCUUUUGACAUUGAUGAUCAUGAAUUUUGGACUGUGGUAGGAGUAGUUGGUGGAAUUGGAGUAACAAUGUUUACAGUGGGAACCUUGGCAGUAUACAUAGUUUACACUAAUAUCCGUGGACCAAGAAGCCCAAAGCAUAAAGGUGGAAGACGAUUAGAGAGAGAUGGUUCACUUCGAAGAGCUGGAAGUGAUCGGGAACUCCAAGUGGUGACAGGAAGCCCCCGACGACCUCCUCGUCCCACUCCAAGAAGAGACAGUUCUAGAAGUAUUGGAAGCAUCAUCUCAGACAAAAGUGUUUAAUACUCAUCAAGUAUUUAGGUUACCUGGAUUUUUUAUUGCACUUUUUUCAAUAAUUUGUUAAAAAGAAAUAUUUAAUUUUGCAAAGUGUCCAUUUUAUGAGCCACAACAUCCGUUAGUAACGAGAAAAUGCACGUAUAUAAAUAUUAUUACCACGGAUGUGACAGAUUAAAGAAGGCACUAGGGUUAUACAAAACUAUGAAUGGUUCUCGCCAGCUAUUGUUCUCGCCACUUGACUCAAUCAUACGGUUAAGCCCGAGUUAUUAUAUAACACGCAAAAAUAGUACCAACAAUAUUUUAAUUAUUAUGAAUAGAUCAUUUGACAUUAUAGACAUCAUAGACUUCAGUAUCAAUUGUUCAGUAGUUUAUUAGAAAAUUUAAUUUUAAGAAUAACCAAUAAUAAACAACGAAUUAUAAAAUUAAAGUAAAUACAUUUAAAAUAAUAAUUACAAUGAAAACUCAAGAGAAAUGUUUCAAAAUGAUAAAUGUAAAAUAUUUAAUGUUGUAUUAACUGGAAGUUCCAUAAAGGCAUCAAAUGAUCAAAAAUCCUCAGAGUCCGGUUAGUGACUCAGUCUGAAUUACUGCUGAGACAUGAUAUUUAUAUAAGGAAAAUAAAGAAAAUAAAUGUCGAAA